UGCAGGCCGUGACAAGUGUGGACUCGUCAUUUUUUGCAGCGGAGGCCACCUUCUUCCCCCAACGCGCCGUGAGAGGCUCAAUAUCCUCCAUCCAUCUCCACAGGAGCCUGGAUGGUCCGACACUUUAUUUCUAAUUUGCACACAUAGUUUUUAUCCGUCAUGUAACCCGGGUUCCUGCUCAUUUUGGCCCGGUUUACGUGCGUUUUUUUCCCCCAUGGAGGACUAGUCCGGUCGGAGAUCCACCGCCCUGCAGGCUGCCGGGGAGAGACAGACCUCCACACCGACGGGAAUACACCCAAGUCGGGGAAGAAAACGGUGAAAAUGGUCAGUGUUUCGGGCUCAGGAGGCUCCAUUUGCCAUCAUGUGAACGCGGACGAGGCGCGUCAACCUGUCGGGGAUGAUGGUGAAACCAUGCGGCUGUGUGGCGCUCCCUAGCCUCCCCCAUCCCUCGCCUCCCACCUGAUCACCUCUCCUCCUUCACCUCCUCUGCCCCUCCCCCCCUCUCCUCCCGUCCACCAUGACAACCCCUCUGGAGAUGCUGCUGGCCCAGCCUGACCAGGAGCAGAGCCCCGGGCGGCUGGAUGGCUGCCAGGACAUCGGUGGCCGCUACAAGGUGGUUCCCUGUGUCGUCUGCUCCAUGUGCUGUCUCUUCGGCAUCAUUUACUGCUUCUUUGGCUAUCGCUGCUUCAAAGCGGUGAUGUUCCUGACGGGCCUGAUGUUUGGCUCCGUCGUCAUCUUCAUGCUAUGCUACAAGGAGCGCGUUCUGGACACCCAGCUGAGCGUGGAGGCCUCGGUGGGCAUCGGCCUCGGCAUCGGCACGCUCUGCGGCCUGGUCACCAUGCUGGUUCGCAGCGUGGGCCUCUUCAUGGUGGGCCUGCUGCUGGGCCUGCUGGUUGCCGUGGCCACCCUGGUGGGCAUGGAGGAGCUUUCCGACAGCCCGCCGCGCUCUGUCUGGGUGCCGCUGGGCGUGCUGCUUGGCCUGGGCAUGCUGUUCGCCGUGCUCACCCUGCAGUGGCAGCGCCUCUUUACAACGAUGUCCACGGCGGUGUUUGGGGCCGCGGUCAUCACCGUGGCGUUGGACUACUUCGUGGAGCUCUUCGCCCUCGUGCUCUACAUGUACGAGCGAAUGAAAGCAGCGCCUGGAAAGCCCGUGUGCUGGCUGACGUGGGUGGUGCUGGGCGUGUGGCCUGCCCUCACCCUGCUGGGUGUCAUGGUGCAGUGGAAGGUGACCGCUGAGGGAUACUCCCACACCAAGGUUAUCAUCAGCCGGCAGCAGAGGAGGAUGCAGGUGAUGCGGAUUCGUCAGCGGGAUGAUCGCUAUCGCAACAAGAAGAAGAAGAAGCAGCAGCACGGCUCCUCUCACCACCAACACCAGGCCAAGCAGCUUCACACUGAGCCCGCCUACCGCCGCAAGCCCAACCCGAUCCGCCGCUACGACACGGACGUCCUCUCGCCGAGCUACAUCCAGAGUUUCAGAGAAAGGCAGGUGCAAGCGCAACCCAUCCCGACCCGGCUGGGCCGACCUCACACCGUGGUGGAUGUGGGCUACGACUGCGGCUCCACGACGCCCCUCACUGGAGCUGCUGGACCUUCACUACAUGUCUGACCACUGAGCCACCUCCCAGAGGCCUAAACACACCACGUGACUCUGCAAUCACUACCCCACCUGGGUGUCAUCACACCUGUGCUAGAACAAACCACCGCCGGGUUUUAAUGCAAAGAUUCUGGGUUUAAACAUAAUCUGGGUUUAGCCACAUGCCUAUGAGGAAGAAAAUAUAUUUAGGGCUGGAUUUACCCAAAAUGCAAAAACAUGUUUAACCCUUUUACUAAUUAAAUGUUGAAUUACAAAGCAGCUCUCCUUGGAGCCGUCAGUGUGGUGCAGAGGGUUGGUUGACCUCUUUUCACUGUCUUUCAAUAGAUUCCAAUGCACAAUUGCAUGCAUGCACUUACACAAACACACACUGCAGCUACAAUCUUAAGGGUUGACGCGGAAACCCGAAGCAGCCUGCUGUACCCGGCCCCCGCCUUUUUGUCACCAUCUCAAGUCAAACCAGAUCAGGGAUCACAGUUUCAGUGCAAACCCGCCUCAGGUUCAAACACAGGCAUCGUACGAAUAAUCAUAAUACAACUCCGUCCUCGGUCAGCGUGCUGCUUCUACCGCUGGCGCUGAUUUUCAACUGAUGGUGCAGAAGCUACUAGUUCCUCAGCCUGUAGAUGUCUUUAGAGUCCAACAAAGAUCAUCUAUAAAAAGGGAAGUAAGGGCCCUUCAAUGCAAACCGGGAUCUUCUAUUCGCUCUCUGUGCCAUCUGGACUGCAAAAAUCCUCCUUGAUAUGAGGAGAGACGUCUUUAAUGUUUAAAGGAGGGAAACCCCUCGUCACCCUUGGUGCUGGACGAUACACUUCUUCAAGCGUCAAACUGCUCUCUGAUGGCCGGGGAAUCUGUUAAGAUGGGUGCCUUGCCCCUCUGUGGACUGAACAUUCAGCAGCAGGAGGGGGGUUACUGGCAGAUCUCCCACUAAUGGCUUGUUUUUGCAUUCAAUGUGAUCAUAGAAGGAUUUUCAGGGGGGUAGCCAUGGAGCUACAACAAGCAGGGUAAAACAUACUGUUGGAGUCCAGUUGGCUUGUUGUCUUCACAGAUGCCUGGAUAUACGAGGAGGACUUUUACACUGGCGCCUCAUCUGACAUUUCACACAACACCUUUUUUUGAGGAUUUUGGAGGGAAAACCACAAUCCACGAUUAUUUGACAAUCUGAGUUUUAUCCCUGCAGUGCAAACGAGAGUUACGUAUGUAACUACGGUUCUAUGAAUUCUGGAUGACUGUCAGUAAGAAUGAAAUAGAACUGUUCACGUAGGUUAUGUAUGCUGCUAAGCAGAGACGUAACAUCAAUUCCAUUAAAAAAAGCUGAAAGAUGUUAUUCACUGAUUAACCCUCUAUGGUACGCACUAUGAUGCAAAAGUUUGGAGUGGAGUGGGGGAAAAAAAGUUUGGAGUGUUUUUUUGUCUUAAAAUAGACUAAAUAGACAUAAUCUGAAGAAAUUUUAUAAUUCUUUUUAUUUAUUUUUUUGGAAGUUUUGACAAUGUUGCCCAUAGGCACCAUAACGGUGCACAAGUGAAAAGUUUUUAAAAAUAAUUUUAACAUCAUUUAUUUAAUAAACGUGUAAAAAAUUCAGUUGCUUCAACAGGGUACAAUACACAGCAUUUUAAAUUUAAAAACAUUAUAAAAGGAACUUUUUUAACCGGUUUCUUGUCUGAAUGUUGCUUGUAGGCAACAUUGUACUAUUGAACCAACAACCAUUGAAAUGAAUGUCUUGAACAGUCUAAGUGUAUGAAAAUAUCAGAAAUGAAGGUUUACUCACCUAUCAGUAGGAAUAUAUAUUUUUUCCAGAUGGAAAAGGGCCAGAAAAUUAUGUUUUGAGUGAUUUUUUGUGGCGCAAAAUGGCAAAACUGUUUCCUUUGGAAAAGUCUGCAAAAUAGGGUUUCAAUAUGGCCUCCUGGAGGUCAUGUGACAAAUUAAAGCGUUGCUAGUGGUUCCCUAUGAUCUUUCCUCUUUUUUAAAGUAUCACAUCACUCAAAAACAUGCAUUGUAGAAAUUUGACAGGCCAAAAAUGGGCAUGUUGCCUGAGGGCAACAUUGUACCAUGGAGGGUUAAAAGUCUUUCCUGUUUUGUGCUGCAAAGAAAUCAAGAAAAAACAAAUCAGAGCAGUUUAAAAGCCAGCUAAAGCUAAAAAUCUUCUAUUAUUUACCAGGAUAAUUAUUUAUUUAAAUGAAAAGGCUGAGAUGCCAGUGUAAAUAAGGUUCAGAGACUCCAGAUAAACAAAAAGUGGACUAGUGGCCAUACCAACUUGUACUUAGACCAACAACUCCUUCCAUCAUGUGCAUUGAUUUUCUUUAUUCGGGAUAACAUAACAUUUCUGUCACCAGUGAAAAUGUGAAUACUUUGUUAUCGUCUUUACCUUUUUUUAAGGAGAAGCAAGCAAAUGUGUGUGUGGGGGUGGUGGUGUACGGUACGUUUUUAUUCCUCCGUGGGAAACGGAGAUGCAUGAUCUCACCCCUCCGCCCCGAUCCGCCCUGCGGGACUCCGUUCUGGCUCCCACCGAACACCCUCCACCCCUUCAUGUGCAUCAAUGUGAAAUUUGUACAUAAAACACAGCACAGCACUUACUAACUUCUUUUGUUAUGUUUACCAUUUUGUCAUUUCAUUUAAACAGUUUUUUUUCUUUUCUUAGGGAUCUAAUUUAAUUUUUUUUUCCACUGUGGGAUGUAUUUAUUUACUGAUUUAUUUAUUUCUCGAGGCGUUCUGUAAAGGAGAGUGCAAUGUCAUCACUGUAGGCCAGUAACUCCAUGCUUUUUAAAAAAAAAAUUGAAUUAUGACUAUGAUUAUUAAAGCAUGUGUUCCUACGGGCCUGUAUACCAUCGA